CACAGAUUUGCACUACUGCCUUCCUUGGACGUUGAGAAAGACGCUUGCUCCCCAAAGACCGCACAGAGCCCCCACGGAUUCACAGUCGGAUCUAGUCUGUGCGCAAACCUUGACCAGGCUUGCCCCACUGGUGCGUGACACGGCCGUAGGUUAUUCCGACGUCUAAAGGCAGUAAUGCGCGGGUCGCACCGAUGCAGUCGACCGCAGCCCACACCGUCCUGUACUCAAACAACCAGGCAUACGGCGACUCGAUCAACAUCUACGGCAACGUCGAUGGCGAUCUAUACCUUCCUGGCAAGCCUAGCAGCGCUGACGGAUCAACAUCUCGCCAGUGCCUCCGCGCCCUGAGAGUGACUGACCCGCGCGAAGACCGAGUGAGAAUCGAAGGCGACAAGGACAGGCUGCUCAGAGACUGCUAUGCCUGGAUACUGCACGACGCCAGCUUCCAGCGGUGGAGGACUCAGGAGGAGUCGCGGCUGCUGUGGAUCAAGGGCGACCCAGGCAAGGGCAAGACGAUGAUGACGAUGGGUCUGAUCGCCGAGAUGUCUGAAAGCAACGACAAUGGCCCGUCGUCGGAGAUGGUAGCGAAAGCAGACCUGCUAGCUUACUUCUUCUGCCAGAGCACGCGGCCAGAGCUCAGUAACGCAGUGUCAGUCCUCCGAGGGCUUAUCUACAUGCUCGUUGUGCAGAGAAAGGAGCUUCUACACCAUGUGCAGAAGCGGUACGAGACUGCAGGGAAGCAGCUGUUUGAGGGAUUCAACGCCAUCUCUGCGUUAAGGGAGACUCUGUCUGACAUACUUAACGACGCCUCUUUGUCAACGACAUAUCUUUUCGUCGACGCUCUUGACGAGUGCAUAUCUGGCCAGUCAGACUUUUUACGUAUCAUGACCGACAACAGCCUUGCGCGGCAGUCAAAGGUCAAGUGGCUGGUGACGAGCCGUAACGUGCCAGACAUCGAGUUACGUUUGCACCCUGGCUUGGAUGGUGUCAGAGUUAGUCUUGAGCUUAGCGCGAGCUAUGUUACUAACGCAGUUGCAGCGUUUGUGCACUUCAAGGUGCAACGCUUAGCGGCUGCGAGAAAGUACGACGCUGAGACCAGAGCAGAGGUGCGGCGGCAGCUCCGCAAGAAAGCAGAGGGCACGUUUCUGUGGGUGUCGCUGGUGUGCAAAGAGCUAGAGAGUGUGCCGUCUUAUCGCACACAAGCGGUGCUGCAGGCACUGCCACCUGGGCUUGACCCGAUGUACGAUCGGAUGAUGACGCAGAUUUUGGCUCAGGAUCGUAAGACGGCAAGGUACUGCUUGGACAUUCUUCAGUCGAUUACUCUCGCCUGCCGACCGCUACAGCUCGAGGAACUCGCUGUAGCUGCCGGUCUACCUGGCGAUCAGUUCAACAACACACAGGGAGUCAUUGAUCUUGUCAGCCGCUGCGGAUCGUUCCUUACUGUCCGUAAAGGCGUCGUUUCUUUUAUUCAUCUGUCUGCCAAAGACUACUUCAUGGUAGGCAAGGGCCAACAGGUGUUAUACAACACAGUAGCAGAGCAGCACAGCCGAAUGACCUACCAUCUGCUACAUGGGAUGCACAACACGUUGCGGAGGGACAUAUGCAGCCUACAGAAGCCCGGGACGCGGAUACAGGAAGCGGCUGAUCGAAUUAGUAAUAGUAGUCUUCCGCGGAUCGCAUAUGGAUGCGAGUACUGGGUCGAACAUCUGCAGGCAGGUUCACGAGAUGACAGUACCAUAUUAGCAGACAAUGGGAAAGUGCAUAGUUUCUUUCGCAAACACCUUCUUCAAUGGCUCGAAGCAAUGAGCCUGCUGCAGAAGAUACCAGAAGCCAUAUCUGCGAUGCAGAAGCUGCAGCUGGCGCUAGACAAGAGACCCGAUAGUACAAGGGUGUUGAAGACUGUUCACGAUGCGCUGCGGUUUGCGAUGUGGAGUGGAACGGGGAUUCAAGAAGCGCCGCUGCAGGUGUACUAUGGUGCGCUCGUGUUUGCGCCUUGGCGAAGCAUUGUCUGUCGACGAUUUGCGCAGGAUAUACCCAAGGGAGUACAGGUAACGCGGGGCCUCGACGAAGACUGGGGGCCACUACUGCAGACGCUCGAGGGCCAUACAGGUGGAAUCUACAGCGUGGCGUUCUCGCCAGCGGGAGAUCGACUGGCAUCGGCUUCAGUCGACAAGACUGUGCGGAUAUGGGAUGCGAAGACCGGGCGGCCACUGCACAUGCUUGAGGGCCACACAGAUACAGUCACUAGUGUGGCGUUCUCGCCGGUGGGAGAUCGACUGGCAUCGGCUUCAAGGGAUAAGACGGUGCGGGUGUGGGACGCGAAAACUGGACAGCCACUGCACCCGCUAGAGGGCCAUACAGAGAUAGUCAGCAGCGUGGCGUUCUCGCCAGCAGGAGAUCGACUGGCAUCGGCUUCACACGAUGAGACGGUGCGGGUGUGGGAUGCAAAGACCGGGCGGCCACUGCACACGCUUAAGGGUCAUACAGACUGUGUCACCAGCGUGGCGUUCUCGCCAGCAGGAGAUCGACUGGCAUCGGCUUCGUGGGAUGAGACAGUGCGAGUGUGGGAUGCGAAGACCGGGCGGCCACUGCACACCCUCAAGGGCCAUACAAGUGGAGUCAGCAGCGUGGCGUUCUCGCCGGCGGGAGAUCGACUGGCAUCGGCUUCAAGGGAUAAGACGGUGCAGAUGUGGGACGCAAAGGCUGGACAGCCACUGCACACACUAGAGGGUCAUAAAGCGAUAGUCAGCAGCGUGAUGUUCUCGCCAGCAGGAGAUCGACUAGUAUCGGCUUCACACGAUGAGACGGUGCGGAUGUGGGAUGCAAAGACCGGGGGGCCGCUGCACACGCUUGAGGGCCACACGGAUACCGUCUUCAGCGUGGCGUUCUCGCCGGCGGGAGAUCAACUGGCAUCGGCUUCACGGGAUAAGACAGCGCGGGUGUGGGACGCGAAGACCGGGCGGCCGCUGCAUACGCUCGACGGCCAUACAAGUGGAAUUAGCGGCGUGGCGUUCUCGCGGACGGGAGAUCGACUGGCAUCGGCUUCAUACGAUGAGACGGUGCGGGUGUGGGACGCGAAGACUGGACAGCCAUUGCACACCCUAGAGGGCCAUACAGACUGUGUCACCAGCGUGGUGUUCUCGGCAGUAGGAGAUGGACUGGCAUCGGCUUCACACGAUAAGACGGUGCGGAUGUGGGAUGCAAAGACCGGGCGACCACUGCAUACGCUCAAGGGCCAUACAGACUGGGUCACCAACGUGGCAUUCUCGCCGGCAGGAGAUCAACUGGCAUCGGCUUCACACGAUGAGACGGUGCGGGUGUGGGACGCGAAGACUGGGCGGUCACUGCACACGCUCGAGGGCCAUACAAGUGGAGUCAGCAGCGUGGUGUUCUCGCCGGCGGGAGAUCAACUGGCAUCGGCUUCAGGGGAUGAGACAGUGCGAGUGUGGGACGCGAAGACCGGGCGGCCACUGCACACCCUCAAGGGCCAUACAGCUCGAGUCAGUAGCGUGGCGUUCUCGCCAGCAGGAGAUCGACUGGCAUCGGCUUCAGGGGAUAAGACAGUGCGAGUGUGGGAUGCAAAGACCGGGCAGCUACUGCACACGCUCGAUGACCAUACAAGUGGAGUCAGUAGCGUGGCGUUCUCGAGAGACGGAUCACAUCUAGAAACUAACCGAGAGUCGAUACAGCUUCCUUCACCUGCAUUGUCUACUAUCACUCCUGGACGACCUGUACAACGCCGCGUCUUUGUCAAGAGCAGGUGGCUGGUAGUAGACUCGGAGGACAUGCUUUGGCUUCCUAUCAACUACCAGCAACCCGAUUGUACUGCCGUUGGAAGUAGUCAAGUUGCGUUUGGCUUUAGUUCAGGAAGGUUGUUGCUCCUUCGACUGUUUUAG